GUGCCCACCUCUUCCUUAGGUCCAAGUGUUGUGUGUCUGUGAGAAGCGAAACUUUCGCCUGCACAGCAGACCAAUUGGGCUUCUAGAAAGAUCUUUAAACAGACUCUCCAGUCUAUAGAUCUCUUUUCCAAAACAGUCAGUUGAGCAAUGGGGAAUUCUACGGGCUGCACCGUGGACGACCUGCAGGCCGUUGAAAUGCAUCUUUGGUAUAAGAAGUUCAUGACCGAGUGUCCAUCGGGUCAGCUCACACUGCAUGAGUUUAAACAGUUCUUUGGACUCAAAGGUCUGGAUUCAGAAGCCAAUGCCUACAUUGAGCAGAUGUUCCGCACCUUUGACAUGAACAAGGAUGGAUAUAUAGACUUCAUGGAGUACGUGGCAGCUCUCAGUCUAGUAAUGAGAGGCAAGAUGGAGCACAAACUGAGGUGGUACUUCAGACUUUAUGAUGUGGAUGGUAACGGCUGCAUAGACAGACAUGAGCUCCUAAAUAUCAUCAAGGCCAUCCGCGCCAUCAAUGGCAGUGAGACACAGGAACUGAGCGCCGAGGAGUUCACAAACCGGGUAUUUGAUAGGAUUGACAUCAAUGGAGAUGGCGAGCUGUCUCUAGAGGAGUUUGUAGCAGGGGCACGCAGUGAUGAAGACUUUAUGGAGGUGAUGAUGAAGAGUUUAGACCUCUCGCACAUAGUGGCCAUGAUACAUAACAGGAGACACAGCGUAUAAGAGCCUGUCCACAUUCACACAUCUGAACGUCCUGUUCUUUUUUAGAAUCUCACUGACUCUUGAUCAACAAGCAAAAGCAACACCCGCUAAACAAACUACACCAUCCUUACUGAUUGGGUGAAUGAGACUUUCUAAUUAUACAAACACUUUAAAGCACAAGCAACAGAGGCAAAGAGAUUCAAUUGGUGUGGGACAUCCCACAUCUAAUAUACUGUUUCUCAUGAAACCGCCAUCUCGAAAGACACAGAGGGAGGCUUCAUGGGAAAAAUGUCAGUAUAAUGUGGACAAGUCCAUUUGUAGGGUUUUAUUAUUAUUUAUUACUUUUGGCCAAAAGAGAUGAAAACGUUGUCGUCUUCUUUUUUAUAUAUAUUGCUCAUACUAGAUUUAAAAAUAGCUGAUUAAUAUCAGGUAAAUGAUAAUAUGCCCAUAAACCAAAAAGAUUUUGGGUUCAAAUGUAUAUGAAUGUAUACAUUUAUAUGAAUGUACAAUAUAUAUUUUAGGUGCUGUGGCUGGUCACCAUUUAACUUUUACCAUCACCCCACAUUUUCAACAUUUGAAUCACUUUUUAACUUGGAAGUUCACUUCAAUAGCUACUGUAUGCAAUGGGUCAACAGACCUUUUAGAAGUACAAAAACGAGGUCAUAAACUGCAUGCAUAGUUUGCAAAUAUUAUAUUGUCAAUAAAUAAUACAAUGUCUAUGGAGUAUAGCAUGUCACAGCAGAGCUUUCAAUGCUUGAAAUGUCACGACACUACCCCAAUACAACCUAUAUUAAGUCAGGAAUAUUUACUUGUGUAAUAGAUAUGUACAUAAUGUGAAUGUGGCUUGUGUGUUUGCAAAUCUGUUAAACAGUUUCUUUAAAGCCAUAGUCACUUUAAAAAGGUGCCUUCUGUUGUAGGACUACAGUAUCUGUUUUAGUCUUGUUCAUGAACUGCUUGUGCUUCUAUUUGUACAUUAUAUGUAAAAUAUAAUAAAUAACACUGGUCUAA